CGGAAUUUGUGUACGGUUCCGUUCACCUCACCGGCCCACACUACCCGAAUCUUUAUAAAUUCGCGGAGAAAACCAGCGGCACACGGCGCCGCCGACCCAUCAUCCGUCCACAGCCGCAACGAACGAGAGACAGCCAGCCAGCAACGCCGCGCACGCAAACGCAACGCAGCGACCGUGUCGAUCGACCAGCGGAGCGGAGGUUUGUUUGAGUCGACGGGCAUGGACUUCCACCACAGCAGCAGCAGCAGCGUCCACGCGCACGCGGCAGCGGCGCGGCCGUGGAUCAAGGCGGAGGACUUCAACCCCAGCAGCAGCGUCCACGCGGCGGGGCCACCGGCGGUACCGGCUGCGGCGCGGCCGUGGAACAGGGCGGAGGACAAGGUGUUCGAGAGCGCGCUGGUUGCGUGGCCCGAGCACACGCCCGACCGCUGGGCGCUCGUCGCGGCGCAGCUCCCCGGGCGCACGCCGCGGGACGCCUGGGAGCACUACGAGGCGCUCGUCGCCGACGUCGACCUCAUCGAGCGCGGCGCGGUCGACGCGCCCAGCUGCUGGGACGACGACGACGGCGACCACCAAGUCCGCGGCGCCGGCGCUGACCGGGCGCGCCGCGAGGCCCGGCGCCCCGGGAUACCCUGGAGCGAGGAGGAGCACAGGCUGUUUCUUCAAGGUCUGGAGAAGUACGGGCGCGGGGACUGGCGUAACAUCUCGCGCUUCUCGGUGCGGACGCGGACGCCGACGCAGGUGGCCAGCCACGCGCAGAAGUACUUCAACCGGCAGUUCAACCCCGCCAGCCGGAACUCCAAGCGCAAGAGCAUCCACGACAUCACCACCCCUUGACCCUGCCCGCCGACGGCGAAACAAGCAGUAGCCAGCCAAGUAGGGAGCUUUGCUGUGGACGAUCUGAGAAACAGAGGCAGGGAGUUCCAGUCAGCAGCUAGCACAUGGUCUAGGCUCACUCGUACUAGUCAUUAAAAUAGAGUUAGGAUUGUUGAAACAUCUAAUGGAGUCUGACGUGGCACCGUCGUGUCGAGUCUAGGCGGAUGCAGAUCGUCAAUGGAGUGAGUCACUGUUAGGAUGGAUGGUGCCUUUAUAGUUUUGUAUGUAUGCCGGCGUGGCGGUGUCGAAGCUGCAGUGGAUAGACUUGCACAGUUGUUGUCUCCGGGCGUUCCUUCCAAAGCAAACAGGCAGAUGCAUACUCCGAUCCACGCAGGUGGCCAACUCCCAUGUGUCACUAUCGCUCGGGAGGGGCUCCAGCUCCAGGGCUUGAGCGGCACGUGGUUGGCUGUUUCAGGACACUUGUCGAUGCCCAACUCCCAUGCUUCUGUUUUGUCUUGAGCCCACCGCCAUGCACUGAAUCUAGUACAUCACAAGUACCAAAAGUUUAUUCGUCAUAA